AUGCCCUGGUUUUGUUUCUUCUGUGUCGGUGUUGUCUCACUGUUGGAAGCACAACGAAAGCUGCCUCCUGAUUCAUACCGCCAGUACCUUGCCCUUGCCUUGUUUCUAUCCUUUGCCACGCUCCACGACCAUGCUGUUGAAAAACAUGUAAAGACCAUAGUCAAGUUUCACCUCUACGUGGCCUACAUCCAUUUGGCAAAUGCCAUGGUCCUGGCUUAUUCGGCCAAACAUCCAGAGAACAUUGUCGCCUACAUUGCUGGCUGGGCAUUGUUGCUGAUUCAGGGCCUUUGGCUCUAUCUUAUCGGGUUCUAUUUUUGUUGUGUCGACGUCAAAUCCUUCCGCAUUGGAUCCUACUCUAGCCUUUUGGUAUUGCUUGUCACGCUGACCAUAACUGUAUCGGUGGCUCUUUGGGGCCAGCCCAAUCGCACAGGCACAACCCACAAAGAUCGAAGGAAUGACAAUGAUGUCCGGGGGGUCUCACAGUGGAAUCCAAAUGGUGAUGUUGGUCCCUACACCAGGGUGAACUUGAAGUGGGCUGCCUGUGCACCCGUAAUGAAGCUGGGAGGCUUUGUUUUGACCACAGAACUCUUUGUUUGUUUGUCAUUGCAGGAGUGGUUCUAA